CGGUUCGAAGCUCUUUGACUCUUGACCCUGUCUGGGAAUUUUCGGUCCUGGGUAGAGAAUGACCAGAGCGAAUUUCUUGACACAUUUUGACGACAUGAUGUCAAAAGGAAAAGGUCAAGAUGGGGCUACAGGUGAGAUCCUGAACCCUGUGUAGGCCUGUGGCCUUUGCGAUUGAUGUGACACAGCGAAGGGCCGCCAGCAUAUCCAACACAGGCCGAACCACGGACUUCAGCACUGACCCACCGAGCCCCUCUCCUCCCGGAGGAGGCGGCGGCAUUGCCGGGGGUGACCGGGCAGAAGGAGGCCGGCGAGAGCAUCGUGUCGUCCAGGAGCUUUGGUUCAUCGUGGUGAUGGGCGCCAUCGCCCUGCUGCUGCUGGCCGUCGUGUUGGGAGUCACGCUUCACAGGGCCCUGAAUAAACCCCCCCUCACCAGGGCCAGGCCUCCUCUGGUUGCUCUCCCCAUGCAGAAGAGGAGCCCCAUGGCUGUGUACCCGCCCAGCAACUCUGUCCUGUUCGACACGGUGCCAGACACUACCGGCUUCUCCAGCAGUGUGACCCUGAAGGGAUUCUCCAUGAAGAUUGAGGAGAUUCUGGAGGCUAAAUGCGAGCCCGCCGAGGAGCUCGAUGCGGUUCUGAGUGUGAACUCCCUGCGGCGCAGCAUCAGCCAGGUGAUCGACGGGAAGUCUCUCACUGGAGACGACGACGUCUGGGACCCCAACAUCUCGGCCCACGACAGCGGGAUGUUUAUGGAUGACGAGGAAUUUGUGGACACCAUCAAAGGCUUCAGCACUGUGAGGAAAGAGCACACGAUGUUCACAGACACCAACCUGUGACCCAACUGCAAACAUUUGGGCCCCACAGCUCAGUCCGGAGGGCAAGAGCAUCAGUCGUGAUGAGGCGUGUCAUCACAGGGGCUCAAUGAGGAGAAGCUUCUUGUGACAAGAUCCAGUGGAAGAAGAGGAAGAAACGUCUCUUUAUUUACACACAACUGGAAGAAAAUCCAUUCUAUUGACAUGAAGGAAGCAGCAGGACCAGCAGAAUCCCAUGGGAGAUAUUUAGUCUCCAUAUUCCACUCUGAUGUUCACACAGAUUCUGAAACAGGUCCUGAAUCAUCCUUUCACUUUUGAUGUAGGACCUGAUGAGAAAGACAUGUAAACAUCAGCCUUGUGAAAUCGGCUUCCAGGUGCCAUCAUGUUCAUCAGAAGCUGGAAAAGCGUUUCUUUUUUUUUUCUUUUUUUUAACCAUGUACUUUCUGAACUACAGCGUUUCAGACAUGCUGCUCACUCCACAUUUAUUGCUACACCAGGUUUUCUCUGACUGUGCUUUCUAGGAAUUGCUUGUGGCGUUUCGAACGACUUAAUUUUAUUAGUUAAAAUGCAUUUUCACUAGAA